CUCCUCAAAUUUCACAUCUCCCUCUCUCUCUUUUAACAUGGAAGACCGACACCAACCCGCCCUCGAUCCCGACGACCAAACCACCGCCCCCUUGGCCAACCACCGCUCGAGCGUGGACAGCUCCCGGCCAUUCCGGUCGGUCAAGGAGGCGGUGGCUAUAUUCGGGGAGCGGUUCUUGGUUGGGGAAAUCUACUCCCCCAAGACCUUCGCAUUUCCCAAGAAGGAGACCCCAUUCUUCUCACCGGAGCACGAUCGGAAACCGGCGCCUCCCAGCGAGGAGGCGGCGGCGGCGCUGGCGGACAGCGUGAAGAAGCUGGAGACGGAGCUGGAGGAGACGAAGGCGGAGCUGAAGCUGCUCAAGGACAGGGAGUCAGAGACGGAGGUGGCCCUGGCCUCCUUGAACGCCGAGCUCCACCGCAACAUGUCCAAGAUGGCCAGGGCGGAGGCGGCCGCGGCAGCCCAGGCCACGGUGGGGCGGGGGCCUUCGCCGAGCUUGGCGCAGGUGCUGAGCGUGGAGGAGGAGAAGAUAAAUAUGUUGCUUGGGGGGAAGAAGAAGGAGAGGAGAGAGGCGGUGAAGAAGAAGAAGCCUAUUAUACCGCUUGUCGGAGACUUGUUUUCGAGAAAAAAGAAGUCGUCGUCGUCGGCAACUUUGCAUAAUCCUCUCUAUGCGUCUUCUCACCUUCUAUGAGUAAUGGCUUCUGAUUUCUGGUAGAUUAUAUUUUAAUGUAUUAUUUUGAAUUAUGUGAAGGCAAAAAAAAAAAAAAAAUAUAGAGUGGAUGAUGAGAUGAUUUUUAUGGUGUGUGAUCAAAAUUAAAGGAGUGGGAGCUUGUUUGUGUAUAAUUUUAAUAGACUAAUGUAAUUUUGAAUGGUAUGACUUCUUUGAAGGCAAUUCUGGUGGUACGGCCGCACUUCGUAAUUGUAUUAUGUAAUUUAAUUAAUUAACAUUUAUAAUUGUAUUAAGUAUCAACAUUUAUUGCAAAUUAGUGAUGAGUUGAUAGA